AUGUCUAGACGGGAAAAUGAGCAUACACCGUCUUCAUCAACAUCAUCUUCAUUUACGGGUGUGAAAUAUGUGUCAAUAUUGGAUGGAAAAACGAGAACCAUACCAGCGGAAAAAUUGGGUUAUGGUGCCUGUCGCUCAGUGAAUGAAUUCCAAAAAUUGAACCGCAUAGGAGAAGGCACCUAUGGAAUAGUUUAUCGAGCUAAAGAUACAAAAAGUGGACAAAUUGUAGCCUUGAAAAAAGUCCGUGUUGACAAUAAAAUGAGCGCUCAAGUUGGGAUCUCAGAUUCCGCACUGCGAGAAAUUGUGCUGCUCAAACGGCUCAGGCAUGAGAAUAUCGUUGAACUCAAGGAGGUUGCAGUGUCACGGGAUCCUCAAGGGAUGUUUUUGGUGAUGGAGUAUUGCGAGCAGGAUUUGGCAAAACUCUUGGACGAAAUGGUGCAUCCAUUUACGGAGCCCCAAGUUAAGUGUCUUAUGCAGCAGUUGUUUCGAGCUCUGAAUUACAUGCAUACACAUUAUGUGCUCCAUAGGGAUUUGAAGGUGUCCAAUCUCCUUCUUACCAGUCACGGCAUAUUGAAAGUUGCUGACUUCGGGUUGGCUCGUGUUUUUGGUGAACCUGAUAUGAGCAUGACACCGAGAGUGAUAACUUUAUGGUAUCGCUGUCCAGAGUUAUUGUUUGGUAGCAAAACGCAAACGACUGGUAUAGACCAAUGGGCAGCCGGAUGCAUCCUUGGGGAACUGCUGCUACAUCGGCCACUAUUACCAGGAAAAAGCGAUAUGGAACAGAUUGAUAAGAUUAUCAGCCUGUUAGGCACUCCAACGACCAAGAUUUGGCCUGAAUUAGAGUCGAUGCCAUUACUGGAGAAUUUUACAUUGAAGACGCAACCCUUCAACAAUGUUAAAGUAGUAUUCGAAUCGGCUUCAGUGACAGCGAUUGAUCUGCUUAAUGCUUUGUUUAUGUACGAUCCCAAGAAGCGUAUUAGUGCAGCGGAUGCGCUAGCACAUCCAUUCUUUACGGAACGUCCAUUACCUUGUGAUCCUGUUCUAAUACCCUCUCUACCUCCUAGCUACACAAAAAAGCGAAAAAGGGACGAAUCGCCUCAGAGAUGA